AUGAAAUAUCCAAUUAACGUGGAUGCGGUCCCUCUCAUUAAGCUGAGUGACAUGGCGCAGCGUAGAGAGAUACGUACCGCAAGCGAGGACUGGACUGGCAUAACAAGCAGCGCUGAGAGACGCAAGCUGCAGAACCGCCUCAACCAAAGGGCAUAUGAAAGAAGAAAAGCGUCAAGACGAUCGGCAUCAUUACAUCUAAAGCAAGGCAGCAGACCGCGUUACGUUUCCAUGGCCACAACAGAUACGCCGGAUGCGCCGGAACCACCAUCUGCUCUUCAGUAUCUGAAUCUGAUAAAACCUCCCGCAGGCUUCAAGCCUAGAUCGGGAUGUCUACUGCUCCGCCCGGACGCCCAAGGCGCAAUCCGCGAGUUCGUCAAAAAGGCCUAUGAAGAUUAUGUGCUGGGUUGCCCGCAGCCAUGGUACUUGUCAACUCUCAUCCAGGUCAACGUCUUCAACGCCCUUGUUCAGAAUGGUAUCGCAUUGGGAUUCUCAGACUGUUGGCAAAGAAAGAGUGUCAUCUCUCCUUUCUCUAUAAUUGGACCAGUGCAGUCCUGUGACUCUUACCCGCUAAAUCUUCAGCCAACAGCCUUGCAGAGGACUGUUCCCCAUCAUCCGUGGAUUGACCUUUUCCCAAUCCCCCAAAUGAGGGAUAAUAUCCUGCUCUCACUCCGCCACCUGGAUAUGGAUGAGCUAUGCGGCGACCUGCUCGACGUUAAGCCUGGCUUGGACGGGAAGCCGAGCCUGAUAGUCUGGGGAGACCCUUGGGACCUCCGUGGAUGGGAGGCAACUCCUUUAUUUUUACAGAAAUGGGGGUGGAUGCUAGAAGGAUGUCGAGAUAUCCUUCAAGCUACUAAUCACUGGCGUGAGAGCCGAGGAGAGGACAAAAUACUCUUCUAG